CCUGAGGAACCUGCCUGGCAUCAUGCAGAUGGAUGAAUUCAUCUGAGAGAAAUCUGACCAAAAGAAACCAAACUAAUAUUCCUGUUGAAAAAGUAAUUAGAGGUGAGCAUCUGUGCCACCAUCCAGUGGAGGAGGAAAUUAACAAAUUCCUCCAAGAUCAACAGGUGUCAUUUUCUGCUGCUCUUUUGAUUCACAAGAGAAGAGGAAUCUUAAAACUGAAGAGACCAUUGUGAAGGAAACAGAAAAACUGAGCUCAUGGCUUCACUGUUACAUUCAGAGGCAUAUGCAAGCUUCUUCCUAAGGUGAACUGGGGUCAACUUGUAAACAAUCUUCCCUUGACCCUGUUAAAGGAACAACAUUUAAAAUAUUGAAAGCAUUGUCAUGAAAGGCCUGAAUCUCAGCCGGUGGUUGCUGGUGCUGCUGCUGCUUUGGACCUGGUCCACAGUCAGUGAUGGAGCCGGCGUUGGAGGCACAGAGCGAACGGGAGCUGGAAGAAGCCAGAGAAAAGGAGGAACUGGUGGUGGAGGAGGAGGUGCAGAGAAGAGAAAGAGACUCCAUCGCAUCCAGCAUGGUCAGUGUAGCUACACCUUCGUCCUUCCAGAGGUGGACGGAUGUCAGAGCGGAGGGUCCAUGUCGCAGGGCGAACAUUACGGGGGCUCUCAUGGCAGGGCAAGCGUUGUGCAGAGAGACUCACCGCCCGUGGAUGGUGAAUGGUCGAAUCAGAAACUGCAGCACCUGGAAAGCAUAAUGGAGAACAACACAAUGUGGCUGCAAAAGUUGGAGAACUUCAUACAGAAGAGUUUAAGGCGAGAUGCUGUUAACAUGCAGUCGCAUGUUGUUAACAACCAAACAGCCACAAUGUUGGAGAUCGGAACGAACCUCCUCUCACAGACAGCAGAGCAGACACGGAAACUCAAUGUGGUGGAAGCCAAGGUGCUGAAUCAAACAUCAAGGAUAGAGAUCCAGCUUCUGGAGAAUUCAUUGUCCACCAAUAAACUGGAAAAGGAGCUCUUACUCCAGACCACUGAGAUAAGACAGCUGCGAGAUAAGAACAGCCGUUUGGAGAGCAAAGUUCAGUUGUUGGAGUCUCAGCAGAGAGGCGAACUGGAGGACAUGAGACUGGAGAAGAACCGGCUGCAGUCUGUCAUCAGGACUCAGAUGGUGGCCAUAGAGUCUUUAGAGAGGCAGCUGAGAGUCGCCACAAGCAACAACACGGCUCUACAGAAGCAGCAGGCUCAGCUGAUGGAGUCAGUCCACACACUCAUUGACAUGGUGGCCACGACGACUGGGUCUCCUCCUCGGAGCCAGAUGUGGAAGGACUGUGCAGAUGCUUACAAGGCUGGUCAUUCUGCCAGUGGUGUGUAUCUCAUCUACCUCAGUAACAGGACAGAGCCUGUACAGGUUUAUUGUGACAUGGAGACGAGUGGUGGCGGCUGGACGGUCUUCCAGCGCCGUUUUAAUGGCACCGUGGAUUUUCAGAGGAGCUGGAGGGAGUACAAAAUGGGUUUUGGGGAUGUGUCGGGGGAGCACUGGCUGGGUAAUGAAGUUUUAUACCUGCUGACUAGUCAGAGUCAAUACUCUCUGAGAGUGGAGCUACAGGACUGGGAGGGAAUCUCUGCGCAUUCCCAGUAUGACCGAUUUACAAUGGCCAGUGAAAGACAGCAGUACAGAUUGUAUCUGAGAGGUUACAGUGGUACAGCAGGAAGGCAGAGCAGCCUGAUCACCCAUGGUGCCGGCUUCAGCACCCGAGAUCACGACAAUGACAACUGCGACCACUGCAAAUGUGCCUUGAUGCUCACUGGAGGUUGGUGGUUUGAUGCCUGUGGCUUCUCCAACCUUAAUGGGAUCUACUACACAGUUGGGCACAACAUCAGGAAGCUCAACGGCAUUAAGUGGCACCACUUCAGAGGCCCCAGCUACUCCCUGCGUUCCACUUCAAUGAUGGUCCGACCCUACGACUUUUGAGAAGAUCCCUCCACACCCAAGACUCCUGAUAUUUGGCAACAACCAUACAAGCAUAUGUCUAGAUUCUACAAAAAAUACAAAACAACUUUUCUUAUAAUGUUUAACUUGCAACAAAGCAUCUCAGCUUCUGCCUCAUGGUGCAAACUUGGUGCCUCCUGGGGAUCUGAUAAAGUACAGUUCAUGACCAACAACUGAUCCACCAUAAAAGCUCUGCAGCCUAAGCUUUCAACUUAUGAGAUAAAAACGUGACUAUGUCAAGAUCAUGUCAAUUUAUUUGAUAUCUUGUUUUAGAUGUUAUAAGAGCAGGACAUGUUUGUAUGUUGUCUUUGAAGCAGCAAGUGUUUGUCUACAUUCCCAAAGACAUGAACUGUGAUAAAUAAGAUAUUUAGUGAUAAGAGAAAAAUCAGUGCUAGUCUUUUACACUGAUAAAACAAGUUGGACUGUUUGUUGGAUUUCAGAUUUAGAAAGAGAUUUUCAGUGUCCAUGUACUCAAAUUAACCAUGUGUGAAAGGUUUGAGGAAGGCAGAAUAACAUCUUUCUGGAUCUUGGUUCCUUGUUUCAUGGUUUCUGAGCAACAAUUUAUGUAGAAACUAUGUAGCUCAUUAAUUUGAUCAAAAUUCUUCCUUAGUCUCUAAUGAAUCCAGAGACAGCAUGUACCUUGUAAAAUUAUGAGCUUUUAAUGUUAUUGAAGAGCUUGGCUGCUAAUUUAUCUACCGCCUGAGGUCAGUUAGUUGAAUUUUUAAGAGAAGCCAAUAAAAGCAUCACUGCAAUAAUGAUGGUUAAAAGAGAUGAUGUAAAAUGUGGUCUGAAUCUUUUUUUUAAGAGAAUGGGAUGAUGUCUUUCACAAAAAGCUAGGAGAACUGUUUGUAACAGAGAAUGUGGUCCAACAUCAUGUUUGUUAUCUACAAAUGCAUCUAAAAAAGAUAGAAUAUCAUCAAAAGUUAAUUUAUUUGUGUAGGUUAAUUCAAAAAGUAAAACCUUUUUUUCUGUGAAUUUUGUGAUUAUGGCUCACAGCUAAUGAAAAUUCAAAUGUUUUCCUCAACGUCCUGCGAGAAAAGUAAUUUGAUGUUGUAACCUUUUUGAGCAUAGGUUGACAUAGUAUAUUCAUAAAACACACCAACACUGAAAGGAUCAAGGUCUCAUUUAACAAAAUUUCACCAAUUAUUAUUUUUUUUGUUUAAUUUUUUUUUUCUCUCAUCUGUCUAUAAAACCCCAAAACAACACCUAUUGAACCUAUCAUUGUGACUGUCUUGUCACAGUAGCAUUCACUCCAACACACACUUUGGUCUCUGGCCCAGAUGUUUCUCUGAACUUACAUGCCCUGUGUCUGCAUGUGCAUUCAUGCCUAGUGAAUGGUUCCCAAAGUCUUGAAAUAACUUUGCCGGACAAUCCUCUCUGGUCUGUUACUUAUCCCUGUUGCUUGUGUACUUUCUUUGACCUCAUCUUUUUCCACACUUACCUAUCUAUAACAGACAGUGUGAACACCAGCUUCUUUAGCUAUGACCUUUAGUGGUUCACCGUCAGUGAAUGUCUGGUGAACAUGAAAGGAAAAGCAAUAUUGUGAUUUUAACGUUACAUUUAUGUAUUUAAAAUCCUUUCUUUAUUUGGUCCUUUUAAAUAUUCAUUAGAUGGAAGCUAGAUCAUUAAAUUAAUACUUGACAUAUAUUACUCAGUCUGCAAAAGAUCUAUGUAAUAUAUGAGUUUCACUUUUGAAAUUAACAAAUUAACUUUUCAGUGAUAUUAUACUUAACUCAGAUGCACCUGUACAAGUUAAAAGGUUUAUGUCAUCCCUUGAGAAAAUAAUGUGCUGGCAAAUGCUGUUAGACUGUAUGAGAUUUUGUCAAACUGUCUUUCAAUGUAUUGAAAAAAAAAAACUUUUCAUAAAAUCAAGGAGCAUCUUAGAGCAAAAGAAAUUACUAAUGGAUGAAAAAAGAUGUGAACAACAGGAUGAAUCCAUGACAUUCUCUGCAAGUGAUUACCUGGUCUACAGUAAAAGUAUAUAUUCAUUGGCACCAAAGAGUUGAGGACAAAGUAUACAAAAAUACUGAGAAGAAGACUUGAGCCAUGAUGGAAGUUAAAUGUAGCUUAACACAUCAGUAACAAAGAAAAUGAGUCACAGCAAUGUGGGGAGAGGAGAAGCUCAUGUGGAUCAAGCAGAUCUGAUGCCAUAACUUUAGGAGGAUGCAACGGAUGAUCAUCCAGCAGAAGGAAGUGAUUCUUCAAAGAUGUUCUCAUUAUGUGCUCUGGUUUCUUUCAGAAGGUGGCUGGCUCUUAUUGCCCUGGAAAUAGAGCCAAAUGAAAAUCGGCAGGACUAAACGGGAAGUGUGUUGCUGCUCUUAAGACUCAAACAAAAAUGAGAGCUGCUUCUGAGAUGCCAAAAACACACUGAUGGACAAAUGUUAGUGCAUCUCAAACUUUGAUCAUUGUGUACAGUUCCUGCAAAGAAAAGGACAUACAGACAUGUUAUAAAUGAAUGGAAACUUGAUCAGUAAUUAAGGGGCGGUUUAAUGUAAGUCUUGCAGCUGUAAAAAUGCUGAGUAUUAUGGUUUUCACUAUUGUUCAGAAAAUAAAGGCACGCACACUGUUUUUUUAAUGCAAUUAUCAAGUGAUAUGGCAACACUUACUGGACAUUGAUAGAAGGAAGGAACUAAUUAACUAAAUGCAAACACAACCGAAAUCCAAAUCGAUCUUUUUCUUCUCUUGUUUUAUGUUGGGUAGAAAAUCUGGACAAUGAAAUGAGAAAAGAACAAAUAAAUGACAGAUGUUGGGAUUUGAUGGCAUCCAGAUCUUGAAGGAAAUAAAUGUUGCUUUGAUUAUUUUCCUAAUCCAAACAAUCUGGACAUUUUCUUGUUUCUUGCUGAAGUCUGCAUUUUAUUAUGGCCUCUGAAUUAAUCUUUCAUGGCACUCAUUCAGAAAAUAAACAAGUUGAAGAACAUA